UUUCGGCCCCAAUGCAAAAUUUCAGUCCCUAAGCUGCCUGCCCUCCAGCUCGGAACCACCCUCAACCCCAGGGGCCCGUCCUGUCUAUCCGCUCAACCAUGGUGAUUGUCGAACACACCCACGUCCAGGGGGUCCGCGUGCACUGGCUCACCAGUAGAGUAAGCGUGCCGGUCACGGAUGUCCGGGCCCUGCUGAACCCCGUAUAUGUGCCGCGCCAUGAAUACCCGGGGGCUGUUUUCUCGGGGACAGAGAGGUAUGAGGAUCCUGAGGAGGAGGAAAAACGGAGGAUGAACUACGUAUCGCUGGAGCCUUUGCCGGGGCAGGAGAAGGCGUAUCCGACGUUUUAUUGGCCUGGUGGGAUUCCGAGUUGUGUGCGAGGCUUUCCGCUGCGGGAGCUGACGGAGGAGGAGAAGGAGGAUGGGGAGGAUGAUUUCCCUGAGGGUCAUGUCUUGGUGGAGGAGGCUAGGGGGUGGUUGUUGUUUGUGAGGGAAACGUGGAUCUCGCGCGAACAAGCUGGCAUCUCGGAGGAUGAGGACGAAGAUUAUGAAUUGCGACAACGUCGAGAUCUCGUCGAGCGAUGGGCUUCGGCGGAGCAGUCUUUUCGCGAUGCCUUUCAUCUCCGAGCACCGCCUCGCAAAUCAGGCACGGAUUAUCCUGCCGCAGCUCUGCAUCGGAUUGAAACUCGACGGCACCGAUUCCAGCACUUCUCCUGUCUAGCUAACAUAGACACGCCCGUCAAACGGGCCCGCUUCAUCAAGAUCCUAAUUCUCUGCUACCAACUAGACGGUGAGACCAUGCACCCCUUUGGCGACGGACAAAUCCCGACGAUGAUCCGUCCCAACCCAGCCAGCUUCCCGGACCCGAGUACCUUCUCUGAAGAUGACUUCAUGAUGUGGGCGUUUGUCGAAACCGCCGACUUCACGAGCAUGACGAUGUCUCAAAGCGGGCACGUUCUCUUCACAAGUGGUAUGAUGGGGUACAACUUCAUUGACCAGAAUACCAUCGACACGGGGCGGAUGUCAUUGGUGGAAUUCAAGACGAAUGGCAUGGUGGAUAAGCGCACCAUGAGGCUUCCGUUUAACAUGUUUGAAGUGAUGAGUUAUGUGAAUGGGCUGGGCUGGGGGGUUGGACGUCUCGAGGGGUCGUCGGCCGGUCGAGGUGAGGAUCAAAACGGACCACUGGAUAUGGAUCUGCCCAUUCUUGAUAUCCUCGAGUCUGGGUUUGAAAACGACUAUCUUGCCUUCGAGGGGGACGUGGACACGUGGGCAGAGGAUAUCGAGAAAUAUGCGCCGGGCUUCCUAGCGCUGGAGAAGGAAGGGAAAGCGGCCGAUUAUGAUAUCCGGAACCUUAUAGAGGCAUAG